AUGAGUAUCGCAGAGCCAAUUAUGAAACAGAAUUUUCGAGGAAUCUCAGAUGGAGCAUUGCUUAAAUGCUUUUUUAUUUUUAAGACGACAUUAUAUGCUUCAGAAACUCAGUGUGUUAAGAUACAGAGUUUAGGAAGGGCCAGUUUUAUUAUAAAACCUGGUUUUAGGAGUUUAAAAAAUGAGAGGUUAUCGCAGAAUUUUAAUUUUACGAAUCAUGAUCCGUUAAGAAAGGAUUCUCUUCCGCAAAGAUUCAAACUCCAAGGAGUGCCAAGACUCUACGGAUGGAUGAUGGAAAACUUUAGUAAAAUGAGGAUACCACUUCAGGAUUCGGAUAUUUAUGGGAAAGUUGAUUAUUUUUACGUGGAUAUGAACGCAGUGAUACACGCAGCAACCCAUGGCAACGUCAGUCCAAGCCUAAUGAUGGAAGACCAGCAACGAAUGAGGAGAAUAGUAACGGCGCUCCUGAAAAUAUUUAAGCUUGUUAAGCCGAAGAAGAUGAUGUACAUCGGAGUUGACGGAGUGUGUCCGUCAGCAAAGAUAAAUCAGCAGAGGACAAGAAGGUUCAGGCUGUAUAAGUCGACCACUAAGCCGGGGUUCAAGCCGUACUAUAAGUCGGAGGAGGGGAAGUACGAGUACACAGUGAAGAAGUUGCCAAUACAGUCCUACGAUAACGUGUCCUUUGACCCUAGUUACAUUUCACCAGGAACCGAAUUCAUGUCAAUGAUGGACAGUGAAUUGAGGAACUGGAUAGCGUUGCAGACAUACGAAGGCACGUGGGAGGAUCGCUACAUAGUCUACAGCGGUACAGACGUGCCAGGGGAGGGAGAGCAUAAGAUAUACGAUGCAAUAAGAAGGAUGGCGGAGUGUGACCCGAAGGUUAAACAGGAGAAUCACCUGGUGUACGGACUGGACGCAGAUCUGAUGAUGCUCUCGCUGAUAACGAAGAUGCCUAACAUGUACAUAUUGAGGGAAAAGUAUGACCACGCUCCACACAAAUUGGCAAAAAUAAAACCGAAUCCUUACUAUUCAAAAGAAACAGGUUUACUUCAUUUCCACGGAAUGGACUACAUUGACUUUAAAAUCAGCGACUACGAAGUGCUGUCAAUGAGGUUUUUGAGAAGGAUUAUGUAUUCGAGGUGUAUUCGAACGUCGGAAGCAGUUUCGAACGAUGCGAAUAAAUUCUUGUUUAACCAAAACUCUAGAAACAGAUUGACUGAUGACUUCUCACUGUUGUCAUUUUUAGCAGUUGACAAGUUAUGCACGACGAAUGUAGGAAAUGAUUUCUUACCACAUCUUCCAACGGUCGAGCUGUGUAACAGUAGCUUCAAUGAUUUGGUUAACACGUACUACAAGAUGUUGCCCAAGUUUAGAGGAUUUCUAACGGAAUCGUACAAAAUUAACAUGUCAAGAUUGCAGCAGUUGAUGAAGGAAUUGUCCAAAUUGGAAAUUAAAUAUUUUAAGCAGAAGUCGACGUUGGAAAAGAUCAGUGAAUUCAGCGACCCGAAGAAAUACGCUAAAUACUACUACGAGAAUAAAUGCGACAUAGACUUCAACAAUAAGCAGGCAAUAAGGAAAAUGGGCUGUUUUGGACACUAUCGUAUUAUCACUCAGGAUGCCCAAGCUGGAAUUGGUGUUACAAGUAUCACUACGCGCCGCUGGUGUCGGACCUGGCAAAGAUAUCAACAGCAUCAAUUAAGGAAGCUGGGCGAGUACUUCCCGGAAGACUUCGAAAUCUGCGAAGAAGGAAAGGAAAACGAGUGGGAACACGUGGUUAAACUGCCGUUCCUGGACACGAGGCACCUGAGUAAAGUGGCCAGGAGCGUCAACGACGAGCUGAAGUACACGAACCUGUACAAGAACAAGCCGGGAUAUACGAACGUGUACCACAGAAGAGCCAAGGAUUCCACGAACAGGAAGAGUCAAACUUAA